CAGCAGGAGUCCCUGCAGGUCGCUGGAGGGGACGGGGGCUCUCCGGGCGCCGCGCACCGCCGUAUCACUGGGGACACUGGGGGGCGCUGUGGGACGCACGGCAGCCCCGCGCCGUUGCCAGGCAACGCCCGCUGAUGCCCGCGCAUGCGCAGAGCGUGCCCUGGCGGGGCCCGCCUCUCCCGGCAGCCCGUGCGCGGCGCGCUCACCCGGCGUGCCCUGCGGCCGGGCCCGCUGCCGGCGGCACAUCGCGCCGCCAUGGCGGAGGCUGCAGGUGCAUCUCGGCCGCCGGCGGACGUGGACACGGACGACUGCCUGCGCGAGUACCGCCACCUCUUCAGCCCCGAUAUCCUGGCGGGCCAGGUGGCGUUCAUCACCGGCGGCGGCUCGGGCAUCGGCUUCCGCGUCGCCGAGAUCUUCAUGAGACAUGGCUGCCGGACGGUCAUUGCAAGCAGGAACCUGCAGCGAGUGUCCGAGGCAUCGAAGAAGCUGGAGGCAGCCACAGGCCAGCAGUGCCUGCCUCUGUCCAUAGAUGUCAGGCAGCCCCAAACCAUUGUGGCAGCGGUGGAUGAGGCGCUGAAGGAGUUCAAGCGGAUUGACAUCCUCAUUAAUGGUGCUGCGGGAAACUUUCUGUGCCCAGCCGCUGCCCUGUCCUUCAACGCCUUCAAGACUGUGAUAGAUAUCGACACCAUUGGCACCUUCAACACCUCCAAAGUCCUCUUUGAGAAAUAUUUCCGGGACCAUGGUGGGAUCAUCGUUAACAUCACAGCGACCCUGAGCUACCGAGGACAGGCCCUCCAGGUGCAUGCUGGUGCUGCUAAGGCUGCCAUAGAUGCUAUGACCCGCCACCUUGCUGUGGAGUGGGGACCCAACAAUGUCCGAGUGAACAGCUUAGCGCCAGGCCCCAUUACAGGCACCGAGGGCUACCGGCGGCUGGGUGGGAAAUUUGCGGAGGCAGCAAGCCAGUUUGACAUGAUCCCCCUGCAGCGCGCAGGGAACAAGACGGAGAUUGCCCACAGCACGCUGUACCUGGCGAGCCCCCUCUCCUCCUACGUGACGGGCACCACCCUGGUCGUGGAUGGUGGGAGCUGGCUGACCUCUGCCAACAACUUCCCCGCUUUGCUGGGUAUUGCUUCAUCCUCUGCUAAACUCUAGAUUUCUGGGCUGCAGGAACAAACAAAAAUCAAUGAUGGACAGGCUGGGAUUGACCGAUGGACAGAAACGUGACCGAACUGCUGCUCUGGGACAUCUCGGGGGGGACAUCUCCUGGAGCCAGAGUUGAUAGCUGCCGCCUCUGAUCAGUGAAUGGUGGUGAUCUUGCUGAUCCUGCAUCUGCCUGGGGGAGGGAGCACUGGGGGUGCAGGGUAGGGAGCAACCCCACCCUCCUCUGUGCUGUUAAUUUCUUCUGAGCUGAGGGCACGGGGACAGCAGGGGGUGUGGGCUGCGAUGUUCACUCUCCAUUUGUGUCUCCCUCUGAGCUGCUCUCCUGUUUUUUCCCAAGUCCCAGGCAGAACUGGCUGUGGAUAUCCAUCCUCUUCCACACCUCUCCCUAUCUCGGCCUGAGAGCUGCCCAAGACCCCCGGUUCCUUGGGAGGGGGGAGUAGUUCAGCCCGCCUGGGGGGCUGAGGCCAGCUCUGACUUGGCAGCAGUAGCUGGUGGCUCUUGGCGGGAAGCAAGGACCAAGCUGGCCCUGGCAGGGGAGAUGGCCCUGUCCCCUCGUGGGACGUUCCUGGAUGGGGCAGUGGCCCCGGAGGCUGCUGGAGUGUCCCUCCCCAAGGAGCAGAGGUGGUGUGAGGUCACAUCCCACCGGAGCUGGCUCUACUGCUGUGGACCAUAGCACUGUAGCUGCUGGGAGCCCGAGAUGUCCAGCUGUCUGUCCGGCACCCAUCUGUCUGUCACGCCAGUCUCACCAGUCUCACGCCGUCUCCUUUCUUUGUGCAGACACUGUGGCUGAGGGUAGAUCAAGCGCUGGCUGGAGCUUGGUCCAUCCCGAGCGUGGCACUGAGCUGUGGGGGCUGCACCGGCUCUGUGCGGGGCUGCCGAAGCCGUACGCACGCCCCCGCCGCUGCUGGCAAUGUUUAAGCUUAUCCUGAAUCCUGUGAAGCUUCUUUUCCUACUUGAUCGCGUUUCCUACUUGAUUGUAGACUUGCCAGGUUUUGCUCCUUCCUCCAGGCCACGAAUAAAGAAUGUCCCCACUCA